AUGGCGAGUCGCCUUAUGCGCGCCGUCCCGCGCAGUCUACUUCGAAGCACUUCGCGAAACACCCCUUCAGCGAGGUACUCUGCCAACUCCGCCAAGCCUGGACAGUCAUCCAACGUGAGCAAUCCGAUUGCCAGCUCGCCAGAAUCUCAAGCCAUCAACAAGUCUAGAGGCCUGGAAGGUCGAAAUUCCGACAAUGCCGACACUCGUUCUACCCAGUCCCCAAUUUCCUCUUCGAAUAAGGAGGAACUCGGCAGCGAGACACACGAAGGGGAGGAACAAACGUCAACCGAUGCACAAAUCAAGAAUGACCCCGCCAUGCCGACAGAGGCCAAGAGAAAGAAUGUAGAGAAGGCUGGUCAGAAACCUUUGGGUCCUGAAGAUCAUAAGUAG